AUGGAUAUACCCGCAGUCUCUUCGGACGUACUGGUAAAUGCUUUCACCCAGGGACUCGUGGAAGGCGAGUUCUUUAGGUCACUCAUCCGCAGGCCACCAAGAGAUUUCGCUCAUCUACAGAAGAAGGCCACGAAGUAUAUCAAUGUGGAGGAAGCACAGGCGGUCCACAGAAAAGAAGCGCCUGCUGAGCCCCACGUGUCGUCCGAUCGGAAAGUACCAAGCAGUCAUCAACCCCCAAAAGGGCCCCGAGCCGCAAGAGCGCCACAAUACCCCGAGCCAAGAACGCAUGCGGUGCAUGUGGAGACCAAUCGACAAAAGAAGGGCAAAAAAUGGACGCCGAUGUUCUGUAAGUUCCACCAGUCAGGAACACACAACACAUGGGAAUGUCAUGGCGACCCCAUAGUUCACCAGCCCAAGCCCAGGGAAUACCGACACCGGUCACUCACUCCGAAUCGGCAUCCCAAACGCAAAGCCGAACAAAGAAUCGGUGGUCAGAGGACGCGCGAGCGGCAGGAGCAUCACUCGCGAGAUCGGAACCCCGCUCGAGUUUCCAUCGAACGGAACAGACACUCUACGCAAGAAGAAGAAAACAGAAGGAACGCUUCCCCCGGAGAAAUUGGAAUGAUCUCAGGCGGCCCGACUAGAGGAGAUUCCAACCGAGCCAGAAAGAGCCAUGCUCGGCAGUUAUCUAUUCACGCGGUGGGGUGCAGCAAGGAGAGAGUGGAAGGGUCAGAGAUCAGUUUCGACCCAAAGGACUUGGAGGGAGUAGAGGUCCCUCAUGAUGGCGCGCUAAUCAUCAAGGCGGUGAUCGCCAACUACACCGUCCGUCAGACCUUUGUCGACACGGGAAGUUUGGUAAAUAUUAUUUUUAAGCAAGCAUUUGAUUUGUUGCAAAUUGAUCGAGCCGAGCUCCACCCCAUAGUAACUCCGCUAUACGGUUUCACCGAUAAUGAGGUAUUGCCGAUCGGGCAAGCGAGGUUAGCCAUCUCGCUCGGAGAAGAACCAUUGGUUAGGACGCGCACCAUGAACUUCAUUGUGGUGGAUGCGCCCUCGGCGUACAACGUAAUCUUGGGUCGCCCGACCCUCAAUGAGUUUCGGGCUGAAGUGUCAACAUAUUUCCAAAAGAUCAAAUUCCCUGUGGGGAACCUGGUGGGCGAGGUUCGAGGAGAUCAGGUGGCAGCCUGGUAUUGUUAUGUUGAAAUGGUCAAGUCAGAAGCUAAACUGGCCAGCAAAUGCCCUCGGUUGGAGGUGAACGCCAUCAGAGAGAAGCCUCCCAUGCUGGUGUACGACAACAUGGAGGAGGUGCAAAUACACUCGAGCCGGCCGAAGGCUAAUACUUUCAUAGCAUUCGAUCUGCCGGACCAACAAAAGGAGGAGCUAAUCGCCUGCCUUUGA